UUCCUCGCUGGAUCCAUGACUCUCAUUAUGCCGCACAUACUGCGAUAUCACCACCAAAAGCAAAAAUCCCGCCAAAAUUCGAUCCCUUAGAACUCCUGAAUCAGGCACUGAAGCAGUAACGUGCAGAAUGAAGCUUUGGGCGUCACUGAUCACGUGCUUCAAACGGGCCACCACCAGUUUAAGGCUGGCGAAAUUACCUACACCGAUCAACGCAGACACCAGGAUCGUUCUUCAGCGUCGUAGCGUCACCAGUUUCUUCCAGGCAUGUCAUACCAGCAGCCCAUCCAGGUGGUGACAGUCACGGGCGGUAAUCAAAACCCGGGGCAAUGGAUCACCGGCCUCUGUGAUUGCUGCGCUGAUGUGGGCACCUGUUGCUGCGGAUGUUGGUGUUUCCCCUGCAUGCAGUGUCAGACGGCCAGUAAACAUGGAUGGUGCUGCGCAAUGCCACUCCUGGACGUUUUCUGUGUGGUGUCCUGCUUGCUCCGCAAGUCCGUCAGAAAGCGUUACAACAUUCCUGGCUCGUGCUGUGAUGACUGCUGUAAGAUACUUUGGUGUUACCCGUGUGUUUGGUGCCAGAUGAAUCGUGAGGUGAAGAUCAGGGAAAAUCAGCAGCCCGCCGCCUCGACAGUGGUCACCACGCAGGUCUUUCGUGAAUAAGAUGCAGCCAUUUCAGCUGUGAAAUAUGACAAAGUUAAAUUUUACAAUGAUGAAACGCAUGAGAAAAUAUUACUUCUGUUUCUACAGCACGAGGUGAAAAAAAAAUAGCCUUGUGUUGUUCAUGCACUGCAAUGUGUAAUUGAUUGAUAGAAUAAAUCAAUUACACACUGAUUUAUUUUUAUAUUUUAAAAUCGAAUGUUUUGAGUUUUAUCAAGAUCGUUUUUUUACCCUGGCUAAUAAAAUCUAUAUCAUUUAACAUGCUCACUCUUGCUCACACAUUGUUUAAAGCAAUCUUGUCUAAGUUGAGUUUAACCUGUGCUAAAAUAAAAACUAGUCAUGUUCA